UUUAACUUUAAAAGUUAUAAAUUCCUUGUUUAAUGUAGUUUCCCGAAAAGAUAAUUGUUCAUACUUAUCCUUUGAAAUGUUAGUCAGAUCAGUCUUUAGAAACCUUUCCAAGACAUUGCCAACCUUGAGAACUAAUUCAAGAGGAUUCUUCACCGUUAAGGCGCCCCUGAGCAAGUCCAUUAAAUCAAUAGCUAUGUCUUCCAGGAAUUUAACUACAGAAUCAGGAAAGCUCCUGCAAGUUGUUCAAGGAGAAAUCCACCACGAAACGUCAAAUUAUGAAGCUCCAAAUCUAGUCAAAGAUUACCUAUCUAAAUCAGGUUGGAAAUUUGUAGAGAAGGAUGGUGAUGUUAAUAUGACUCUUGAAAAGAAAGUAGGAGAUUUGUCUGUGGUUGUUGAUUUCCAACUCGUAUCACCAUUUGAGGCCGAAGGAGACGGAGAAACUCAAGCAGAAAUGACCGAUUUCUCAGUAACAGUUGAGAACCCAGUAGGACAAGGUGUUACUUUCUUUUGUAGUACUCUACAAAACGACGAAAAGUACAGAUACAUUAUCUGCAAUGUCAGAAUGUAUGCCGAUCAGGAGGCCAAGAACUCAGUCUCAAGCUACAACGGACCCGAGUUUGAAGAUCUUGAUGAUACCCUACAAAGCAGUUUCGAUGAAUGGCUUGCAAGUCUAGGAGUGGAUUCUGAACUUUGCGACUUUAUUGACGCUUGUAGCAUCGAUAAGGAACAAAGGGAGUAUAUGGUCUGGCUUAAAGGCUUGGAAAAAUUCUUAUCUUCCAAAUAAUCUUCUCUUUAUAAACAA